CCACAGUCGAGUCUCAUGUUUACGUGGAAAAUAUGGCGGCGGACUACAAUCAGGGAGAUAGACAGUGACUGCGAGCCAAACCUGUCGGAGAGAUAUUCUCCUGUCCGCUGCGGUUUUGUUUUUUUUUCUCUUCCUCGGGGAGCGUCUCUUAUGAAGCCGUUUUCUUCUCGUUUCAGCCUCGGAGACUGCGGGAAUGGAGGACGAGGAGAGGCAGAAGAAGCUGGAGGCCGGCAAAGCUAAGCUGGCCGAGUACCGCCAGAGAAAAGCUCACGCGGACUCCCAGAAGAAACAGAAGAAGAAGAAGAAAAAGAAGUCUGUCGAGGAUUGUGAGGGAGACUCGCAGGGACGGGUCGAGGUGGAGCCGGAUCAGCCUGUGGGUGGAGGAGGAGAAAGACGGGAGGGCGAGGGUGAAAGACUUGACGAAGAAACACCCACGACAGAGUUUACCUUCACCAAGACGCUGAAGAGCGGAGAGACGGUCAGGCAUGACCAGACCUAUAAGAUAGAGCCUGAAAGCGAAGUUUCCACCACGGCAGAAGAUUAUUCCUCAGAGGUAAAUGGGCGCCAUGAUGAGAUGACAGAGAGCCUAAUGAUGCCUUCAGAAGAUUGUAUCUGGGAGGAGGUGGAGACCCUGCAGCAGCUGACGGAGGGGCACAACGUACAAGAAAUGGAAGAUGAACUUGCGGCAAGAACUCAAGCUCUGGAGGAGCAAAGCCAGGAACUUGAGGAAUUCAGGUCCGCGUUUGGUGCUGAAGGUGUCCAGCAGCUGCAGGACUUUGAAGCCGCGCUGAAGCAGCGAGACGGAAUCAUCACGCAGCUCACAUCCAACCUUCAGCAGGCUCGCGAGGAGAAAGACGAGAUCAUGAAAGAGUUUCUGGCGCUCACAGAACAAAGCCAGAAACUUCAGAUCCAGUUCCAGCAGCUGCAGGCCGGCGAGACGCUGAGGAACACCAGCCACAGCAGCACCGCAGCAGAUCUCCUGCAGGCGAGACAGCAGCUUGUUCAGUACCAGCAGCAGCUGGAGGAGAUGAGCGCGGAGGUCAGAGAGCAGCAGGAGAGGAGCAGCGAGCAGCUGCAGCAGAUCGGCCACCUCCAGCAGAAGCUCGGCGAGGCGGAGAUGUCAGGGCGAAGAUCGGAGGAGUCGUUUGCACAGAGGAUGAACGAAAAGGAGCUGCUGAUCGCCGAGCAAGAAAAGCUUAUUUUGAGCCAGGAGCAGUGGCGGAAAAAAGCGCAGGAGGAGUUUGCGCAAACGAUGGAAGAAAAAAACCAGCUGCUUUCACAACAAACCGCAAUAAUCAAAGAGCAUGAGCAGUCGCUGGCCCUGCUCAGACAGGAACUUGUUCACGCAGGCAGGACUAGAGAGGAGAAAACCGUUCAGCACGCUGAUGAGAAAGAGCUAAUUAUUGCAGAGAAGGAGAGGGUCAUUUCUGAACGGGACUCUUCUCUCACCCGGUUAAAAGAUGAGCUGCAAAACUCACAAAAGCAUCUGCAUGAGCUCCGGCAGCAGGUUUCCUUAAAGGAGUCCGAGCUCGAAAGAUGCCUGGACGAGUUGGGGAGCACAAAAUCUCAAUUACUAAGCUGUAAAAGUGAAAUUGAGAGUUACAAAUUGGAGCUGGAGAACGGGCAAAAGGAGUUGGAAAGCUGUAAGGGCGAACUCGCAGCCUCCAGACAUAAAGAACGAAUGUCAUCCGGUGAAAUCAUGCAGCUCAUGGGCACAGUAGAAGAUCUGCAGAAACGCUGCCACCAGGGGAGCACGUCAGACAGCGACGCCGUCCAAAAAACGCAGGAGGAAACGACGAGGAAGCUCGAACUUCUCAGGGCCGAGCUGGACGAAAUGUACGGUCAGCAGAUUGUCCAGAUGAAGCAGGAGCUCAACCGGCAGCAUGCGGAGACGACGCAGCGGCUGACGGAGCGACACCGCGCUGAGCUCGAGCUCCUAAAAGCACAACAUCAAUCUCAAGGUUCAAAUCUCAGCAAAGAAGAGGUGGAAACUCUAAAUAGUAGAAUUAGGGAACUGCAGGUCGAUUUGGCGCGGUCUGAAGCGACAUCUGACGAAACUAGACACGAGCUGAGUCGAGUCGUCCAGGAGAAGUCGAAGCUGCAGGCCAGGAUCGAGGAUCUUCUCGUUGAUCUAAGUGCGGCGAGGCAAGAAGCGGAGCAGGUCUCCACCAGGCUUACCUCUCAGGAAACCGCCCGGGGCGACCUGCUGCGCCUCCAGGAGACCGUCGACGCUCUGAGGAACGAGCUGGCAGCCGCCCGGGAAGCGGCGCUGGAAGCGGAAACCAAACACGACUCUGAAAUCACCAACUACAAGAUCAAGCUGGACAUGCUCGAACGAGAGAAAGACGCAGUCCUGGACCGGAUGGCGGAGUCGCAGGAAGCGGAGCUGGAGCGUCUGCGGACGCAGCUUCUGUUCAGCCACGAGGAGGAGCUGACCACCCUGAGAGAGGACCUGCAGAGGGAGAGCUUCCUGAACACGGAGAACCUCCUCAACGAAGCCGCUGUCAGACACGAGAAGGCCUUGGAGGACCUGCGUGUGGGUUACACUCAGCAGCUGGAUGUGUUACAGAGAGAGAAGGCGACUGUCGCCACAGAGAGGGAGGAACUUUUGCACCAGAUUCACGGGCUUGAGGAGGAUCUGAAGCUGGCUCUGCAGAGCUCUAAAGCAGACGAGCUGGUCCGGCAGCUCCAGGAGCUUCAGGUUGAGCUCGAGGAACUUCGGAAAGGUGCCCAAGAGCAAGUCAGGAUGCAAGAUCAAAUCCAGUCGUUACUGAAACAGGCGGAGGUUCUGGAAACCCAGAAACAGGACCGAGAGGAGAAGCUGAAGGAGCAUGAGCAGGAAAAGGAGACCUUGAUUAGGUCUAAUAAUACGUUAAGGGAGGAGAUCGAGUCAAAGCGUUCAGUAAUGGAGACGCUCACAGCGCAGAACAAGAAGUUCCAGCAACAGGUUGUUGAGCUUCGCGAGGAGAUCGAGAAGCAGAAGACCACUUUCUCUUUCGCGGAGAAAAACUUCGAGGUGAACUACCAGGAGCUGAAGGAGGAGUACACUAGUCUCGCAGAGGCGAAGACGCAGCUGGAAGCGAGGACGCUGAAGGAGACGCUCGAGUUUGAGUCGAAGAUCUCGCGCCUUCAGUCGGAGAUCCGAGAGCUGGAGGAGCGGAGCGGGGACAUUAAAACGGAGCGGGCGCAAAGCGAAGAGGAAGCUGCGCGCGAUCCAGCGGAGAAGCUUAGUGUCAGUAUGAGCGAGGAGAGCCUCGCCGACAGGCUCUCUGAAGUUACAGGGAGGCUGAUGGUUACAGAGACCAAAGUGAGGCAGCUGGAGGAAGACCUGGCCAAAGCCGGGCAAGAAAACGUAAAGGUCAUUGCCGAAAACCAAAGCCUCUUAAAGGAACUGGAAAAAGCGCAGGAGAUUAAGAGUGCGCUGCGGGAGGAAGAGCAAACCGUUGAGGCGGUUUCUUCUCCGGAGGAUCACCGCAGUCAGAUCCAGCCUCUACGAGAAGAGAUAGAAGCCCUGCAGGCUCGCCUGCACGCAGCCGAGGCAGAGAGAGACCGCGCUCUGCAGACGCCGGAGCUCCACAGGCUCUCGCAGACUCCGUCUCCGGCAGCGACGCACUCCUCAGGGGAGGGACCUGUUGAGGGACGACCCUCCGCGCACAAGCCGGCGUCCUCAGGGUCAGGCAGGCGCAAGAGGCGGCAGAGGUCCAAGCAGGAGCGCAAAGCCGCCUCGGACGGCGGAGAGGAGCGGCAGAGGGAGGAGGAAGAGCGAGCUAGAAGUGCUGCAGAGGAGGAGAUGCUGCCUCAGACGCAGAGCCGAGUUAUGUCACGUUCACCGGAGAGGGCCGGUAAGGAGGACUCCGCUGCCGGGUACCAGGGAGACGGAGGCAGCGACUACAUCAACAAAGCGGUGAGCCGUCAGGGGAUGGGCGGCCAUACGGAGCGUGUCGUGUGUCGGGGAGCAGAGGAGGAGGAAGAGACCUCCGAGCAUGAUGAGUGCAGGCUGCAGAUGGAGGCUCAGCGCAUCAGCCUGUCUCAGAUCCACGCCGCUCAGCUGGAGCUGCUGCAGGAAGAGACGAACACCUGCAAGCGCUCUCUGGAGCUGAGACUGCAGGACCUGAGAGACCAAAGCGGCCAGGGUGGCAGAAAAGUCUCCAGAUACAUGAUAGAGGCUGUGACGGAAGAAUGCAGUGAGAUACUUCUGUCUUUCCAGAAGAUCUUUGGCAAAGAGUUUUUGGAGCGUGUCAACACACCGGGCCUGUCGCUUAUCUCAGAGGAAGGACUAGCAACUAGUGAAUCCGCCUCCAUUGUUCUGGAGGCAAGAGAGUUAUACAGGAAUCUUUGGCAGCUGAGGGAGAGAAUUAGGUGUGAACACGAUCGUCUUUCUCACCUUCAAGUUCUGCUGAGAUCUGAUGGCAAUAAGAUAAACGAACUGCAGACGGCCUAUGAUGAGCUGAAGAUCAACAGUGAGAAGCAGCUGUCUGACCUGCAGCAACAGCUUGCCACAAUAAGCCUUUCUUCAAGCAGAGAUCUGGGGGGACAUGCUGGAGAAUCUGGUUCGACUUCAGUGGAGUUACAGAGGCUGAAGGCUGAGAUUCAGGUGAAGCAGCUGCAGCUGGAGGAGAGCCACCGUCAGGAAAUGGAGCGCCUCAGGGCUCACUACCAGCAGCAGGCCUCAGAGAUGGAGGAGCGCUACGCUACGGAGCUGUUUGUGUUGCAGCAGCGACUGCAAGAGGCCACAGGAGCUCAGACUUACUACAGCCUGUCCGGCGCUACGGAGUCCAGCUUUGAGGGGAUGGAGGAGUGCGGAGACGAACUAAAGGAGCGAAGUGAGGAAGAUGUUCCGGAGGGGGGCGAAGGGUCGCAGCGCUCUGCCAGAUCGCCUGGCCUGACGGCGCAGCUGCAGGCGCUCAGGAAAGCGCUGCACCACAAGUACGGCCAAGAGGUGGCUGCCCUCAAAGAGCAGCACAGCGGCGAGCUCCGAAGGCUGCGAGAAGAGAGGGAACACUGGGUGGACGGAGGAGAGAGAAAGCUGGAUCUGAACGGCGUAAACGGGGCUGGAAGCUCCACUGAGAGCCUCGGGGCAGCUGGCCAGGUCCCCGUGGAGGAGAGGCUGCAUCAGGAGAGGGUGGAGGAGGAGGUUGCAAAGGCCAUAGUUCAAAUGUCCGUGGAGUUCGCGCAGCAGACUGAGCUGGCUCGUAUCAAGAAGCGGGCGAGCCAGACGAGCACCGCCAUGCAGACCCAGGUGGACGACGAGGAAGUCGACGGGGAGGUGGAGGAGCAGACUCCGAGGGCUUCCCCGCCUGCAGGCGUCUGGUUGGAGGAAGCGGAGAGAGAAAAACUGGAAAGGGAACUGGAAGAGAGGAACGCUGAGAUCAGGAAGCUGAAGGAGGAGCUGCAGAAAACCGAACUGGAGCGGGGCUUAAAGAAGCAAGACGAUGGUGAAGAGCAGGAUGAGGAAGGGGAGGAAGAUGGAGGUCACACUGCUGUAGCUGGAAGAGUCAAAACAUCAAUGCAAGAUGAAGGAGAGUCUUCAGAUGAACGUAAUGAAAGAAACGCGCUGUGUGAAGCCAACAGGAAGCUCUGCCAAGUCCUCGUAGACGUGCUGAAGACGACGGCCGCCGCCGAGGAAACUUUAGGCCUUCACAUGCAAAGAUUAUGUGAAGCUUCAGCUGGAGUGCAGCCGACCGAGUCGGCCACACAGACAGAAACCUGCCAGAGUGAUGAUGCAGAAACCGGUGGCAACACGGGGUUCUGGUCUGGUAAGUUGGAGGUUCUGGAGAUGCCCCAGCAGGUGAUGGACGGGCUGCUCCUUGGGACAGAAUCUCAGGCCGGGUACGAGGAAUAUUUUCUGGGCAUCAGCAGACGACUUCAGACAGCCAUGGAGAAGAUGUUAAUGACCAUCACAGAUACGACUAACCAGCUGGAACAUGCCCGGCUGACCCAGACCGAGCUGAUGCGGGAGUCCUUCCGCCACAACCAGGAGAUCACAGAGCUGCUGCAGAAGCAGGAGGAGCUGCAGGAGAGGGUGACGGAGGAGGCUCGAGCCCGGGAGCAGCUGGCUCUGGAACUGCAUCAUGCUGAGGGUCUCAUAGACGGCUACACGGGUGAACGAGCUGCGCUAGAAGAGCAGUUACGCCAGAAGGAAGAGCUCCAGCUGAGCCUCGAGCAAGAGCUGCAGGUAACAAGUACCCGGCUGCACGAGUUGGAGCAUGAACGGCUUCAGAUGCUGGAGGAGCGUGAGCUGCUGUCACGGCAACAGGACGCCAUGAGGGAAGAGGCGGGGCCGCGUGAGCUUCGCCUAGUUGAAGCUGCAAUGGUUGCAGCACCUGAAGCAGACCUGCUGGAGGAGACGGAGAAGCUGAUGAAAGAGAAGGUGGAGGUUCAGCUGCAAGCUGAGAAGGAGAACACGGACCUCCUAAAGCAGGUGAAGCAACUGGAGGAGGAGCUGGAGGAGCAGGUGAACAGAGUGAUCGAGCUGGAGCACUCCCAGAAGACGGAGACCGGAGACCUCCAACAGCAGAUUCAGGCCCUGGAGAAACAGCUGGACAAAAACAGGAAGUUCCUCGACGAGCAAGCUGCGGAUCGGGAACACGAGAGGGACGUCUUCCAGCAGGAGAUCCAAAAACUGGAGCAGCAGCUGAAGAGCCCGCAGAAGCUUCAGGCCGGCUCUGAGCAAAGGAGCCGAGAGGUGGAUGGAGUAAUCCUAAAGGUGGAGCAGCUAACCUCCCAGCUGAAGGAUAAGGCAGAUUGGUGCAGUGAGCUGCUGCUCGGCUCCGAGCAGCUGCGUCGUGAGUUGGGAGAGCGCGACGAAGAGAUUGAAAAGCUGGAGAGCCGCAUCCGCGAGCUGGAGCAGGCCCUGCUGGCCAGCGCUGAGUCCCUGGAGAAGGUUGAACAAAAGAAGCAGCAUGCGUCCAUCACCGAGACGAGACACUCCACCUUGGAGGCUCAGCUGCAGACCGAGAGAGAAGCUUUGGAGAGGAAAGAGAAAGAGAUCUGUAACCUGGAGGAGCAGCUGGAGCAGUUCAAGGAGGAGCUGGAGAAUAAGAGCGAGGAGGUGCAGCAGCUUCACAUGCAGCUGGAGAUCCAGAGGAAGGAGAUCAGCAGCCAGCAGCAAUUCGUAGAAACUAGGGAGAGUUUGCUCCAGGUGAUGGAGGAGAGGGAAAGGGAAGUAGCUCUUCUUAAUGAACAGAUCUCUAAGCUUCAACACAUGGAAACAACAUCUGACAACAAGGAAAUUGAUGCAAGAGAGGAGCUGAUCAAGGAGCUGGAGUCGCAGGUAGAGUGCCUCCGGAGCGAGCAAGAUCGCCUAAAGAAGGAUAAAGAAGAGGAGCUGGACCAGCUGAACGCGGUCAUAGAGAAACUCCAGCAGGAACUGGCCAAUAUCGAGGGCAAACAGCCCGCAGAGGAGGAAGAGGACGCCAAGGGAGAGCUGGAGAGCAGCGCCUGGGGACCGACCAAAGAGGAGUACGACGAGAUGAAGCAAAAGAUGGACCUAGCUACCAAAGAGCUGGACACGCUGAAAGCGGAGCACGGGAAACUGCUGGAGACGUACCUGCGCCUGAAGCAGAGUGCCGAAGCCUUGGCCGAGUCAGAAAACCUGGACGGCGCAGAAAGUGAGUUUGAAGAAGCUCUGAGAGAAAAAACCGCAGGUCUUGUGGUGCUGCAGGCUGAAGUUCAGGCUUUAGAGCAAAGCGCCGCUUCCAGGGUGGAGGAGUUAGGGCUCCGCAUCCAGGAGCUUGAGGACUUGGUUGAGGAGAAGGACUCUGAGAUAAGCCGCUGUAAGGCGCUCAUAGAGCAAACUCAAAGCUGUGCAGACGAUCUCCAGCAGAAGGUCUCCCGUCUGGAGGAAAAUCUGAGGGAGAAAGUGGCUGUGGCUCUGGUUGAACAGGCGACACAGGAGGCCUUCCAGGAGCAGAGGCAGAGGCAUGAAGGAUCAAAACAACAGCAGGAGCUGCAGAAGCACCCUGCAUCAGCGGCCUACGAGUUUGGCGACUUUGGGAUCCCACAAAUGGACUUGGCCAGCAUGGAUCCGGCCGACCGGGCGCCUGCAGGGAGGGUGGUCCAUCUGACGCAGAAGCUUCGGGACCUGGAGGCCGGACUGAGCGGGAUGCAGAAAGACCAGGAGCUGCAGAAGCAGCUGCUUUCCAGCUCCGAGGAGGAGGUGCAGGAGUACGAGAGGAGGCUGGCUGUGCUCAUGGAUCUCCUGAGUCAGAUGAAGGCCAGGUUGCACCAAAGAACGAAGCCGAAUGUGGAGGCCUCCUCCGCCGAGCAGCCGGCUGUGUCGGAGCUUCUUCAAGAGCUGCAGGAGGUCAGACAGGAGGCCUCCGUCACCAAAGAGCAGCUGCAGAGCUUCCAGGAGACCUGCAGCAGACUCGAGCAGGAGCUCCACGACAAAACUGUGACCGUGGAGCGACUCCAGGACCAAGUUCAAACGAUGUCAACAAGUGCUGGAGGAGAGGCAAAGAUGUCUGAGCUUGAAGGGAGACUGACCGAGGCGCAGAGCGAGGCUGCCGCCGCCAAAGAGGAGCUGAGCAGCUGCAAGGAGAGUUUGGAAAAACUGCAGGAGCUGCUGCAGGAGAGGGAAAUGACCAUCGCUCACCUUAAAGGAGAACUCUUCCAAGUAAGAGCUGCAGAGGACGGAGCUGACAUGACGGAGCUCCUCCAGGAGCUCGAAGAGGCCAAAAGAGAAGCAGCUUCCACCAAAGAAGAACUAAACCUCUCCCGGGAGCAACAAGAGAAACUUCGAGAGGACGUCCAGGCUCGUGAGGUCUCUCUUUCUAAACUUAAUGAGGAGCUGCAGGAGAUGAGGAGGAGUUUGGACGCCUCCAAAGAAGAAGUAGCUAAGCAUCAGCAGCAAAAUAAGAAGCUUCAAGAGGACGUUCAAGCUCGGGAAGUUUUGCUUUCUGAGGUCAGAGAAGAGCUGCAGGGGGUGAGGAGUGUGGACGCCUCCAAAGAAGAGCUGGCUAAAUAUCAGCAGCAAAACGAGAAGCUUCAAGAGGACAUCCAGGCACGGGAGAUCUCUCUUUCUAAACUUAAUGAGGAGCUGCAGGAGAUGAAGAGGAGUUUGGACGCCUCAAAAGAAGAGCUAGCUGAGUAUCAGCAGCAAAACGAGAAGCUUAAAGAGGAUGUAGAAGCUCGUGAAGUUUCGCUUUCUGAGGUCAGAGAGGAGAUGCAGGAGAUGAAAAAGAGGGUAGACACUACUGAAGAAGAAGUAGCUAAGCAUCACCAGCACAAUCAGAAACUUCAAGAGGACGUUCAAGCUCGGGAAGUUUCGUUUUCAGAGGUCAGAGAGGAGCUGCAGGAGAUGAAAAGCAUGGUGGACGCCACUAAAGAAGAACUAACCAAAUAUCAGCAGGAAAAUGAGAAGCUUCGGGAGGACAUUCAAGCACGGGAGGUCUCUCUUUCUAAACUCAGACAGGAGCUGCAGGAGGUGAGGAGUGCGGACGCCUCCAAAGAAGAGCUGACUAAAUAUCAGCAGCAAAACGAGAAGCUUCAAGAGGACGUUCAAGCUCGGGAUGUUUCCCUUUCUGAGGUCAGAGAGGAGCUGCAGGAGAUGAAAAAGAGGGUAGACACUACGGAAGAAGAAGUAGCUAAGCAUCAGCAGCACAAUCAGAAACUUCAAGAGGACGUUCAAGCUCGGGAAGUUUUGCUCUCAGAGGUCAGUGGGGAGCUGCAGGAGAUGAAGAGCAUGGUGGACGCCACUAAAGAAGAACUAACUAAGCAUCAGCAGCACAAUCAGAAACUUCAAGAGGACGUUCAAGCUCGGGAGGACUCUCUUUCUAAACUCAAUGAGGAGCUGCAGGAGAUGAGAAGCAGUGUGGAUGCCUCCAAAGAAGAGCUGACUAAAUAUCAGCAGCAAAAUGAGAAGCUUCAAGAGGACGUUCAAGCUCUGGAGGUCUCUCUUUCUAAACUCAAUGAGGAGCUGCAGGAGAUGAGAGGCAGUAUGGACGCCACUAAAGAAGAGCUCAGAGGCUACAGGCAGCAAAACGAGAAGCUCCUUGAGGAGCUUCGCCUCCAAGAGCUCUCCAUUUCAAGGCUUAAAGAGGAGCUGCAAGAGGCGCAGACGGCCUUGAUGAAGACUUCAGGGUCUGUUCCUCCGUCUUCCUCUCCCUCCCCCUCCCCCUCCCCUCAGCCCGCCUUCUCUGCCUCCUCCACAUCCACCGCGCAGCCCAAAAGGAAAGGCGGUAAGCAGCCCACCACCAAGGGAGGCGGCGCCAAAGAGAAGCCGUCCGUCUCCCGCAAAAACUCCAACCAGUCCUCGCACAAGACCCAGAGCGCUCGGUCCAACGGCGGCUCCGACGCGCAACACGACGCCACGAAGGACUCCUCCACGCAGACCGAGCCCUCCCAGGCGACCGAGCUCCGCCCGUCCGCCGCCAAGGAGCAGAUGGAGGACGUGAUCGGAGAGUUCGAGGACAAGAUCGCCCAGAUGCAGGAGCUCCACGCGGCGGAGAUCCUCGACAUGGAGGCCCGGCACAUCUCGGAGAGCGAGACGCUUCGCAGAGACACGCAGGCUCUGGAGGACGAGUGCAAAGGCCUGAAGGCCGUCAUCGACAAACUCUGCUCCGCUGAGGUGCCUCCAUCAAGACAAGACCGUCCUGCGUCACAGUUUAAAGACGGCUACACCAGCGACAGCAGCUCGGACUACAGCCAGAGGACUGGAUUCGAUCUGCCGAGCCUGCAGCAGGAGUUCAGGACAACUCCAGAGGGCGCCAGGAGAGAAACCGAUGAUUCUCUGCCUGACCGGAUAAAGACGUUGCUGCGCGAGGUGCACCAGGAAGGGAUGCAGGUCCUGUCCUUGUCUGAGCUGCCGCUCUCUGAAGGAGAGCCGAGUGGACACUUCAACGUGGAAGGCUGGGCGAAGGAGAGAGACGCCCUGCUGGCGACGGUGCAAUCUCUGAAGGGCCUCAUCACCCAGAUGCAGACGCACAGCCAGUCACAGACGUCCGGCGGCGGCAAAGACUGGCGCGCGGAGCUGCUGGAGGCGGUGCGGCUGGUGUUUGUGAGGGAGAGGAGCGUGCUGAAGAGCGCCCUCUACAGCCAGCUGGACCUGCUGGACACCAGCGACGCGAUCGUUCACCUCAACCAGCUGGAACGCAGGCUGGCUGAACAGGACGCCCACCACAGGGAGGCCAUCGGUUCGCUCCACACUGCAGAGAGGUCCAGCCUCCUCUCUGAGAUUCAUCAGCUCAGGAGUCAGCUGGAGCGACUGGAUCAAGCUGCACUGCCUGGCCGGCCUUUAGCUGCUGAAGGUGACGCUUCGCAGCAGAGAGGAGGAGCGGCUGAUGGCGCAGCAGAGGCAGACGGGUCGGUCUUGGAGGAGCUGAAAGCUGAACUUGCUCAGACGAAACUGGAGCUGGAGGCGACACUAAAGGCCCAACACAAACACCUGAAAGAACUGGACACGCUCAGGGCAGACGUAUCGCAGAAAGCAGCAGAGGUGGACGCCCUGAAUGACGAGCUGAUGGAGGAGAGGAAGCGAAGCAGAGAUCUCCAGUGGGCAAUGGAGAAGGAGAAGUGUCGAUCUGGGAGAGAUGAGGAGAGCAAACGCGAGGAACUGGAGGACCUGCAGCUGGCUCUGGAUGAGCAGAAAGCCCUUGUAGACCAGCUGACUCAGAACCUGCAGCAGGAGCGGCAGGCCUCCUCUCAGCUCUCCCAGCAAGCCGAGGAGGACGGCGUCGGCCUUCAGAGACGCCUGCAGGAGCUCCAGGUCCAGCUGGAGACGGAGCGAGCCAAGGCCCAGGAGAUGAGCUCCGCCUUGGGGAGAGAGAGGGAGCUGCGAACCGCCGCCUCCUCCUCCGACGGCGGGGCCUCCGGAGAGGAGCGCGCCCACGAGGAGGGGAGGCGACCUGAAGGGGAGGGAGGUCUGCUGGAAAGACUGCAGGCGGAGCUGGAUGACAAACACAAUCAGGUGGUGCUUCUCCUCAGUCAGGUGGAGGCCCAGCGGCUCGAGGUGGUGCGGAAAGAGGAGGAGCUGACACUGGCCAAUCAGAAGUCCAGACGAGACCAGGAAAGGCUUCAGGAGGUGCGGACCCAGCUGGACAGGCUGACCGUACAAUUGUCAGAGGUCCAACAGCAGCUGGAUGGGGAGCUGGAGAAGAGGAGGAGUCUGGAGGAAGAGAAGGAGAGACUGGAGGAGACGCUGGACCAAUUAGGAACGAGGACGGAGAGCGGACCUCAGAGCGCGGCCCGGCACAGCGAGCCCACAGACCGGACCAAAGACUGGGUUCUCCUGCAGACGAGCGGGGACGCUCCGCCAGGGAGCGCCACGGCCUCCCCUCACGUGGAGGGUUCCCCAGCAGCAGACCCGCCCGGCGGACCGCAACACGCUCCGUGGCGCACAGUCGACAGGAUUGUGGGGAAGCUCCACCUCGUUUCUUCAAAGAUCCGCAGCAUCGCCGGCAAGGCGGCGGGAAGGUCGACUGCGGAGGUUGACAGCGAGGAGCUCUCAUGGAUCCGGUCCAGUGUCGAUGAGGUCAUCAGCCUGCUGCAGCAAUCCCCAGGUUUACCCUCCAUCCCAGAGAGCGUCUCCCUGCUGGCAGGAGGCUCCUCCAGCUCCUCCAACAACCUGACGGAGCGGCUGCUGAGGCAGAACGCAGAGCUGACCGGGUUCGUGAGCCGCCUGACCGAGGAGAAGAACGAGCUGAGGAACCACACGCUGCGCCUGGAGGAGGAGCUGCGUCGCUAUCGGCACGCCGGCGUGGGAUCAGGCGAGAACCCCAGCAGGAGGGCUGUGUCGAAGGCAGACUCCGCCGGGAUGCUCCUUUCUCAGGAACGGGAGGCUUGGAGUCGAGAGAGGCUCCGUCUGGAGAAAGCUCUGCAUCUGUCUCAGUCCCAGGUGGCCCGUCUCAGGGGAGAGAUGAGGUCCGACGCGCUGCGAGAGAUAACCGGGCCCGAGGCCGACAAUUCGGCUCUGAAGAGAAUGUACGGAAAGUACCUGAGGUCGGAAAGUUUCAGGAAAGCGUUGGUCUACCAGAAGAAGUAUCUGCUGUUGCUGCUUGGCGGCUUCCAGGAGUGUGAGGAAGCCACUCUGACGCUCCUGGCCAGGAUGGGCGGCCGGCCUUCGCUCUCCAGCCUGGAGUCCUUCAGCCAGCGCCGCCGGGGGAUAACUCGCUUCCGCUCAGCCGUCCGCGUAUCCAUCGCCCUCUCCAGGAUGCGUUUCCUUGUGAAGCGAUGGCACAAGGCGACGGGGAUGAGCUCCGCGGUCUCCUGUGGCAUCAGCAAGAACGGGACAGGUUCAGACGUGAGAGACUCGCCGUAUCUCCACCCAGGCGGCGUGGACAUGUACAGAGACAGAGGAGGCGGGGUCUCCAGCAGCAGAGGGAGAAGUGGGCGAGAAUCUCCACGAUCGGGGGUCUCCUCCUCACACCACAGGUUUCACACGGCGGCGGACCAUGGAGCUCUCACCUGCUCACACCUGCAGAGCUACGACCCCGACCGCGCGCUCACCGACUACAUCUCCAGGCUGGAGGCUCUGCAGAGGAGGCUGGGCAGCGUGACGUCAGGUGCCUCUUCAUACCCUCAAUUGCACUUUGGCUUGAGAAGAUAGACGCUGACAAACUACUUUGGCUUGAAGAAACUCAGUUGCCUUUUCUCGUGCGGAGCGCUCUGCUGUUUUCUAUCAUCCUGCUGUGGACUUAUGUCUCUCCACGUGGACCAAAACACAUUUUUAUAUUGGCGUACGACAUGUUGUAUCCAGGCUUUUGUGUCGCCGGCACUUGAAACACAGCGAUGUUUGUAAUUUAAUCUGCCUCUUUGUUGUGGAUGAUCUUCAGUCAUGUAUAUUUGUCUGAUGCUAAUUUAAAGACAUUUAUGUGAUUAAUUUAUAUGUUUGUUGUUGCCUGGCUGGAGCGUUUGCGAAUGUGUGGGUUUACUGUUAAGGAGGCUGCUACUGGAUGUUCUUCACUACACUGUGUUUUGUUUAGACCGGGCAGACUAAAGGGAGACAUUUGUAGAGAACGUAUUUUUGUACAGCGUAGGAGCUUUGAAUUUUUGGGGUAUUUUGUCAAAAACUGAAAUAAAGAGGACUACAUUAUUUCAAA